AUGGAAGAAAGAAGGCAAGGUGUGGGACCAGCCGGGCCUCAGGAGCCUUGUCCUCCGGAGCGGAGCAAGCGCAGGGUUGCUUCCCCAGGCUGCGGGGAUGGAAGCGACGCCGUGCUGUCACUCGGCCACUUCACCCGGCCUCCUUUCCUCAGUUUCGGCUCCGUCCGCGUCGGUACUUCGUGCGUUCGCCGCCUGGCCGUGGAGAACCCCAACGGGGAGCCUGUCCAUGGGGCGGUCUACCGCCCGCCGCCCGCCUCCAAAGGCUUCACGGUGGAGCAGGACUCUUUCCUCCUUCAGCCUGGAGAGAGGAUCUAUAUAUUAAUAACAUGGACACCACUAGAAGGCGGCAAAGUUCGAGAGCUCAUAACUUUUAUUGUAAAUGAUGCUGUAAAACAUCAAGCAGUUUUGCUGGGGAAUGCUGAGCAGCCUAUAAAGAAAAAGAAAAAUCUUUGGAAUACUAUUAAAAGAAGAACUCCUGCCCAGCAAUCACGAAAAAGAGUACCAGUCAUUAAAAGUAUAAAUAAAACAUUUCAGGUGUCUGAAAAAACAGAGAAAAAUAGAAGUCCUCUUCAGUCCUGUGAGAAUCUGGAAGUGAAUUCAAACAGAAUUUCACCUAAUGGAAAUUCCUUAAUCAUUUCAGAACAUAACAUUUCCCUUUCCUCUAUUAGUCCCAUCAGUCCGAAAAACCAACAUGUCAUUUAUACUCCCCUAUCAGCUACAUAUUCUGUUCCAGAAACACCAGCAUGUCAUAAGUUAUUAAAUGUAACAAAAACCCCUAUUGUUACAACUCUAUAUGAUAAUGUUUUGGAGAAAAAGAAAGUAUGCCAACAUAAUAUUAACUCAGCAGAAAUAAAUGCAAAUUCAGUCAAUACACCACAACAAUUGAAUAUAUCUUUGAAUCAUAGGAAGAUUUUAAGUCCUGAUUCUUUUAUAAAUAAUAGUUAUGAAGUGACAGAACUUGAUGCAGCUACAGCACUACCUAUUUCACCUGAUCAGUUUUUAAGAGAAAAUCGAGUAGUUAUACAGCCAAUCUCAGAACGUAAAACAGUAUCCUAUUCUUCAGAUGUGAAAUCAUGUAUGUCAACAGCCAAAUUUUCAAAACAGAAAGAAAAGGUACAAGUUUCUUUUUUUAUGGAACCUCAGCUUUCCACCAAACCUGCCAACAAUAUAAGUGAAAGAAAUCCUGUAACAUGUUCCUAUGAUAAGUUUGAACAAAAUGUCAAAUCAAAGGCAAGUGAUCAAGCUUGCUGCCUUCAGAACAAAAAAAGGCCUUUGCUUUCUAGCACUGUUACCAAAACUAAGCCCCAUCCUGAGGGAAAAGAAACAAAGACAUUAACACUAAAAUCUAAAAAAUGUCUUUCUACUGCAAUAGAGCAUUGUAUGGACGUUAUCCCUAAAAAAGCAAACCUGGACACAUUAUCAAGACUUCCAGUUAUAGAAAGUGUUUCAAAUGAAACUAAAUGUAUCAAAGAUAAAGCCGGGUUCAUUUAUUUGGAAUCAUCUCAUAACCGUAAAAGAAAAAGCGGAGAAUAUUUAGAAGAUGUUAAGAAUGGAAGAGAAUAUGCAGAAAAUUUAGGAAGAAAAAGAACUCUGAAGUCCUGUAAUGGAAAUGGAAGCAAGAGUGCUUUGAAAUUAUCAGUUUCCAAAUCUCAGAAUGGAGAUAAGCAAAAGAAGAGAUAUGGUUCUUCAUCUCAAAAAUCAAAGAAUUUUAAAAGGACAAAAAAUAUUGUUCCUGUUGCACAGUCUCAACUGACUUUUGUGAAGCCUUUAAAAACAGUCUCCAUUUGCAGUUAG